CAAGAAAGCGCGCGCGGCGAUGUUCUCUGGCUCGCGUUCGUUGUAGAGUAGCCAUAGAACGCCUUAUCGGUCUUUUUUGUGCAUCACCUGCGUAUUGUAGUACCUUGUACGCGAUAUGGACAGUAAACGAGCGUCACAGCUCCCUGCUGCCGAUCAAAUAUGUGUGCCACUGCCUUGCUGUGGACGAGGUGUCGAGCUUCUGCCUCUGAACGAAGUGCCGCUAUUCCGCUGCCUCAAGCGACAGGCAAAAGAGCACGGUCACUUCAUCGUAAGUCCUCCCCCGCCGAGUCAUCCCACUGAGACAGCAUCAAAAAUGCCAGCUGGGACGCUGCCCUCACCAAAGCCACGCUCAAGAACUGUCCCUAUGGCAAUAUUAAAACAUAUUCAGCCUUCUGAAGAGCGAGUUAAAGUGCCACAUGUGGAAGAAUUGAUGCCAGCUGCUUCUAUGCCACCUCAAAAGCCCGGUACCCUUGGCUAUGAAAAGCAAAUGACAGAGACAGUUCAAAUGGUGAAGCAGCCAAUGGGAGCCCGCCCUCGCACCACCUCCCGCAAGUCACGGAACCGUGCUGCCCAGUUGCCACUAUACCCAUGCCAGCCGGCAUCAGCGCGUGAUACUCGAUACAGUGGGCCUGGCAUCGAUACAGCUGAAGAACAGCUCAAGGCAGCUCGAAUACCCAAGAGAGACGCCUUUGAUUAUACUCGUCCUGACCUGUUGUCGUGGGCAAACACGCUGCAGAAAGAACAACACUGCGAGCCCGCCAGCGAUGCGGAAGAUGACGACACCUGUGUGCUUCGUCAAAUGAUGUCUUUUGAGACAAGAUCCAUUUGCGAGGAUUUUUCGUCACAGUCGGAGGAGUCCUCCCCGAGGAUCGAGUUGAACUGGCUCUGGGAGGCGGCAUAGUAGAAGGCCUAGCUGACUUGGAGCUAACAAAGGCUUCCGAGGCCUUGACGGGGAGUCUGCUGCAAAGUGACCCGACGGAGACCCUGCUGGCAGGCACCUCGCAGGCUUUGAAGCCUUCUCCUCCACAAGAAGUUGUCUCCAACAUCGACAGCAUCACCAGUGACAAUGAAGAAGCUGAGCAGGAUAGCAUGGUGAAGAGACUAUGUUGGGCUCCACGGCAGAGGAUCCCACGUUUGAAUGGCGUCUUGAAGCGGCUUUGUCGACAGGCGCAAUAUCAUGCAGCAAUCACCUGAUGUUCUCGUCUAGCUAGCUGCUACCAAUACCAAUUUAUCUGAAAAUCUCGUUUGUGACCGAGUAACACUGCUUAAUCGCUUACACCAUACUCUCCACAAUGUUGUUCUUUCUGUUUUACAUGCCAGAUGUAAUUUCAUCAUGUAAAGUACCAAACACAGACUAAAAAAGAAGACGAUACAAUUGCUGACUAACUGAAAUUUAAUUACAUUGCAACAAAAUACAUACACAAAUGUGACUUCUUUAAACUCACACUUGCUUUUCCGUAGUCUGCACAAACCUAGUUUUUGAUCGGUUACCUAGCUCUGAAAUGUGGACUGCACCACCAAAUCGACAGCAAAGUAACCUUUUUAUAAACCCAAUGUCUAACACGGCAGGUUGUUUUAAGUCUCAUUUCUUAGCUGUACUCACGGGCCAUGGAAGAAUUGUCCCUCUACAAUGUGCAAGAAUCAUGCAUAUGGAAAUGCUAGCUACGGUGUUUUGAUGAGCUGCAUGAAUGGGGCGGAGGCUUCUAAAGUUGGAUUGGCUCUUCUGUUUCACUGGACAAUCAAAAUUUAUCAUUUUCCAACUUUGUGCCCUCCUCUUCACUUCCAUGAGGUCAUUACUAAUUCAUCGACCAGGUAUUCAAGGCUGGCAUUUGCUUGUCACUAAGUUGUUUGCGUCUUUCAUGGAAGAAUUGGCCCUCUACAAUAUGCGAGAAUCAUGCAAAUAAACUGUUUUGCGUAAUAUGUGUUCACAGUCUAUCUAUUACAGCAUCUAUCGCUUAUCUAGUAUUGUGUUGAAUAGAUUACAUCUCUAGCAUUUGGUAAACACUUUCAUAACAUAAAAAAUGCUUAUUGCUUCAAGUUGACUCAAAAUGUCUUAACCUUGCUGAAUCCAGUGUACAUGAGGAAUGAACGGUCAGGUCAAAGCUGAACGCAGAAGAUCGGUAAGGGGUGUCUUUCAGAUUCACAAAAAAAUGUACACUUGUCUGAAUAUUUUUGAAAGUGUUUGGAGGAGACUAUUGAAAACUCUAUAGUGCGAGGACAAUCAUGUGCUGUGAAGAAAUUGAUCGAACAGAUAAAACCUUGUAGUCUCUUCCCAUACUGAUUUUGAUGUGUGCUGUUUUCGGGAUGUCUUCUAGUCAAAUACCGUUUUCCAUUCAACCAAAUCAAUAUCCGCUUCGAACCUAAAACUUACUAUUCGCACAUCCCUAGUAAUAGCACAUGGCUUUGUUUCACCUGUAGCAUUAUAUGUCAGGUUCCUAUUCAGGAACACAGAAUAUUAUACUUGCACAUAUACUGCCUUUGAAGGAAUGCUUAACAUUUGGGGGAGUACUCGGAAAAGAUAAGCAACAACUGUAUUGACAUGUGAGAGAGCUGUGAUUUAUGUGACCUUGUACACCGAAGGAAAACGGGUGGGUUGUUCUGCUUUGGUACCUAAGGCAAAUUAAGAAAGAAGAACGGGGAGGAGAGGUAAAUCGUUUAGUUUUCUCUCUGAACUUUUGAAGUGUAUACUUAAUACAUUUUACAAUCUUUUUAUGUGCUUGAUACGUAUGCAUAAAACUGAGUUUAUGUAUAAUGCAUGAAUCAAUCGACAAGCAUUAGUUGUUGAGCCAACCCCUUUCUUCCAGGUCAACAUGAAUCAAUGUUGGCUGCAAAUUUGUCUCUAUUCAGGUUGUCUCUUCCUAUAAUUGAUUCCUCAUCUUUCUGAGUGCUGUACGGCUACUUGUGAAGAUUUCACUUGUAAUGAAUGAACUGCGACUUUGGUAUUUGAGUGGCUUAUACCAAUGUGGUGGCACUUGUUCAGCCCGCUCAGUCAAAGCGGAAGGUAGGUACAGGCCAUUGUUAAAACUCGCGUGUUAUAGAUUUAUAGCCAUGGACUGCAUCAGAGGUCAGGCAUGAGUUUUUAUUUCACAGGCGGCGCUGAUGCCUUUACAAAUGAAGCAGAGUUUGAGCCAGCAGGCAAUUAGAGGGUGACUUUUGUGGCAGUCUUACAAGUUAGGGUGCACAAAGGAAAUUGUA